AUGCGCUGCGCCCGUGCCGUGGCCGGCUCCCUGCUCCUGGCCGCGCCGAACCUCCCACGCGCCCGCACCCCGCGCCUCUCUCUCUCCCCUAUCCCCGCGCGCCCGUCGACCGCGCUCGCUCGCCCGCGGCCUCGCCUCUGCUCUGCCGUGCCGCUCCGCUAUCGCGGCUCCGCUCUGCCAGCGCCGCCCGUCUGCGCCGUGCCUAGCGCCGCCACCCGCCUGCGCUGCCACCGCGGCUGCACCGCGCCGCCCCGCGCGCCUCGGCCCUCGCCUACGCGCGCGCGCAUCCCCUGCCCUCCGCCCCUGCUCCGAUGCGGCUUGCUGCCGCCGCGCGCACCGCUACGGUGUCGCCCGACGCUCCCCCCGGUCCCCCUCGCUGGCCGCGGCUCCGCCGCACCGGCCCUGCCGGCGACCAUCCGCCCCGAGGCUGCCACCGGCGCGGGCAUGACCUCACCGUUGCUGCGGGCGAGCGCCCUCUCGGCCUCCGCUCCACCCUGCGCCCUUAACUAA